AUGCCUGCCGCACCUUCCUCUGUUCGAUCCUAUGACAGCGACUCGGAUGUGCCUUUGAUUGUGUCUUCUUCUUCUUCAGACCACCCGUCCCACGCAUCUACCCCGGCGCUUCAUAGCGAACUCCCCAAGCACCCGCGUUUCUAUUUCAAGGAUGGAACAUUAUCUUUCUCGUUUAAAGACCUGAUCUUCCGGGUUCAUGGUAGCCUUCUUGCGUCGCUUUCGACUUUCUGGGCCGAACGAAUGGACGCCGUUGAGACUUUGAAUGUCGUUCAAGAAGACACCACGGUUUCAAGCGCCGAAUUGUCGAGCUUCCUGUCGAUCGUGUACCCAAAGAACUAUCGUGAGCAUGAGCUCCAGUCUGGGGAAGAAUGGACUGCCGUACUGCGCCUCGCGACCAUGUGGAAGGUUGAAAGCAUCCGCGAGCUCGCGAUCCAACAGCUCGACGACCUAUCAUCUCCUCUUGAAAGACUCGUGCUUAGCCGGUCUUACGAUGUCCAGGGCUGGCUUUUGCCUGCCUUUGUGGGUCUCAUCAUGCGCGAAAACCCUCUGACCUUGGAGGAGAUGCGCAAAAUCGAACUGCAGGACCUUGUAGUUAUCACUACAGCCCGAGAGGCUAUGUUGAGCGGUCGACUGCCCUGCGACGAGGAGCAUGCGAGGAAUUAUGUCCUCGAGGACGUGCUUAAGAUGGGCCAGACGUCCGAGGAUACUUUGACCCUCCCUCGUCGGAGCGAUAUUAGCUCACAUACGGACGUUCAACGGGAAUCCCGGGUGCAGUCUGCUCUCCACGACAAGGCGCAAACAUCUUUGUCACCUUGGCAGUACGCCCCAUUGUCGGAUGAGGACUUCAGAGCAAUCCAUCCUAUACUACCCGCAUCGUGGGGUGUUGACUGGUCUGGUGUCAUACGCCACGUUCGCUCCGAUAACCUGCUUGCCUUCUGCGAGAUGGCAGCGCCUUAUGUACGUGACACAGAUAUCAUCGCCAUAAACAUGGCUAUCUUCGAGCGCGCUGCACGUGAAUCGGCUUUCAUCCCGCUGGCGACUUCAAUACUAUCAUUCGUCUCGCGAUUCGAGGCCACAAGAACGAAAUUCGAUAACACGCUCCAGCAGAUAGUCGAUGCUGCACAUCAUGCGCCCAAAGAUGCUUCCGAUCGCCGCCUCGCUGCCGCUAUCAAGAAAGCCGGCUAUACGUGGGUGAUGGGUGAUGUACACUUUCUGGCUGAACACCCUGAAAUCUACGCGGAGAGAUGCGCGAAUAUGACAACCUUCCGAGAACAUCUUGUACGGGCGAGCUUACUGGUACAAGAGUAG